AGAGGGAAGAGGCCCAGCCCCACCUCCAGAGCCCGCCCUUCUGGGUGGACAGCUCGGUCCCUCCCACUUCGUUCCUACAAAGCCCUCAGCUGGGAGAGCAGCUGGGCGCUCCUGCCCCGCUAAGCCAGAGCCACAGAGGUGGUGCCUCGGCCAGGACCCACCGAGCAGGGCAGCAUGGAGCUCAUCCAGGACACGUCCCGCCCACCGCUGGAGUACGUGAAGGGGGUCCCGCUCAUCAAGUACUUUGCUGAGGCGAUGGGGCCACUGCAAAGCUUCAAGGCCCGGCCCGAUGACCUGCUCAUCAGCACCUACCCCAAGUCCGGCACUACCUGGGUGAGCGAGAUACUGGAUAUGAUCUACCAGGCCGGUGACCAACAGAAGUGUCUCCGGGCCCCCAUCUACAUCCGGGUGCCCUUCCUUGAGUUCAAGGCCCCAGGAGCCCCCUCAGGUAUGGAGACCCUGAAAGAUACACCGUCCCCGCGGCUCCUCAAGACGCACCUGCCACUGGCUCUGCUCCCUCAGACUCUCCUGGACCAGAAGGUCAAGGUGGUCUACGUUGCCCGCAACGCGAAGGAUGUGGCCGUCUCCUAUUACAAUUUCUACCACAUGGCCAGGGUGCACCCUGAGCCUGGCACCUGGGACAGCUUCCUGGAGAAGUUCAUGGCCGGGAAAGUGUCCUACGGCUCCUGGUACCAGCACGUGCGGGAGUGGUGGGAGCUGAGCCGCACCCACCCCGUCCUCUACCUCUUCUUUGAGGACAUGAAGGAGAACCCCAAGAGGGAGAUCAAGAAGAUCCUGGAGUUCCUGGGGCGCUCCCUGCCGGAGGAGACGGUGGACCGCAUCGCCCACUGCACGUCUUUCAAGGAGAUGAAGAAGAACCCCAUGACCAACUACAGCACCAUCCCCGAAAACAUCAUGGACCACAACGUCUCCCCCUUCAUGCGCAGAGGCGUGGCAGGGGACUGGAAGACCACCUUCACCGUGGCCCAGCAUGAGUACUUUGAGGCCGACUACGCCGAGAAGAUGGCGGGCUGCGAGCUCACCUUCCGUUCAGAGCUGUGAGGGGGGCGGGGGCGCGCGGGGAGCCUUGUGAGACAGGCCCAAGGUGAGGCCUCGCGAAUAAACCAUGCCCUGGCGCA